AGAGAUAAUAAGAGUAAGAAAGAGUGGAAAUAGAGAGGAGAAGAGAAGCUGCCUUUCCUGUAUUUUACUAUCGUCGUGGAUCGUCUGAGUCUGAGUAACUCGAACGAAGACCAACCAACCAUGUCUGGCCCAGUAGUAGUCGUCGGUGUUACCUCAUGGGCCAGCGCCCUUGCCAGGAUCUCUCCCUACACUUACUCCGCCCUAGGAAUCGCCAUCGCUAUCGGUGUAUCAGUCCUUGGGGCUGCUUGGGGAAUUUAUAUUACCGGAAGUAGUUUGAUCGGUGCUGCAAUUAAAGCUCCUCGAAUCACCUCCAAAAACCUCAUUAGUGUUAUUUUCUGCGAAGCUGUUGCGAUUUAUGGUGUUAUUGUUGCAAUUAUUCUACAAACUAAAUUGGAGAGUGUUCCAGCUUCACAAUUGUAUGAACCUGAAUCACUUAGAGCAGGAUAUGCAAUCUUUGCCUCUGGAAUUAUUGUUGGUUUUGCAAAUCUUGUUUGCGGAUUGUGCGUAGGAAUAAUUGGAAGCAGUUGUGCUUUAUCUGAUGCCCAAAACUCCUCGCUUUUUGUUAAGAUUCUUGUGAUUGAGAUUUUCGGAAGUGCACUUGGGCUGUUUGGAGUGAUUGUGGGAAUAAUCAUGUCAGCUCAAGCAACAUGGCCUGCAAAGGCUUAAAUCACCAUUUUCAGUAUGUGUCUGGAUUCUUAGAUCUGCUGUAAAUGGGGUUUGUCUUGGUAUCAUUUUGCUGAUCUGGGUUUGUAAUUUGAGAUUCGGUUUUGAACGAAUGAGAUGUGGAAAUGAAUAAAAUGAUUUGUAAGGAAAUAUGUAUUGAGAAAGAAAUCAAACAUGUGAAGUAUUAUAUUCUUUUAAAUAUUUAUUUUAGAUGAACAGAUCUAUUGUAACUGAUUGUUCUAUGAUCUAUAGUGAAUUCCUUAAGAGAAAA